AUGAGGCAGCCUGCAACCCUCGCUCUCUCUCUUGCGGAGAAGCUCGACUUCCUCCCUGCCCUGGCCUCCAUCGUGCUGGCCAUCUUCUGGGCGGCCUUGACAGCCCUGGGCCGGUCCAAGGCUUAUCCCAAGACCCUGGCCCUGCACAUUGGAUAUGCGGCCUUCCGCAAGGCCACGGCCCGCCUGAGCGUGGCGCAAAUGCAAUAUGCCCUCCCCACCACCAACAAGACUUACGACCACUUCAUGCGGAAACGCCAGCUGCCCCGUAAGACGGUGAAUCUGGGCGACGGCGCCCAGGGGCACUGGAUUGGUGACGAAAAGGCCGACAAUAUCCUGAUCUGGUAUCACGGCGGCGGCUUCGCCCUCCCCGCCAACACCGGCUACUUCAACUUCUUCACCAAGCUGAUCGCGGCCACCGCAUCAUCCAAUAAAUCCCUGGCCGUCUUCACCCUCACCUACACCCUAGCCCCACAAGCCACCUAUCCCACGCAGAUCCGCCAGGCCGUCUCCGCCCUCCGCCACGUCCUGGACCACGCGCACCACCCACCCGCCUCCAUCCUGCUCGGCGGCGACUCCGCCGGCGGGAACCUGGUCGGUGCGGUGCUCUCGCAUCUCGCCCAUCCCCACCCCCUCAUCGCCCCCGUCCCGCUCUCCGCCCCCCUCCGCGGCGCCAUCAUGAUCGCCCCCUGGACAAGCAUGGAGACCGACUACUCCGCAGAUCCCAUCGACUCGCGCGGCGACCUGAUCACCCCCGCCGUCGCGGGCCCCUGGUCCCAGGCUUACCUGGGCGGCGCGCCCCGCGAUUACUAUACUGAUCUCUCGACCGCCCCGGCGGACUGGUAUGCUUCGUUCCCUGUGGACCGCGUGCUGGUCUGUGGGGGGGGUUGUGAGAUCCUGUUGCCUGUUAUUCGGGACUUCGUGGAGAAGUUCCGCGCGGGCUUUUCCAACGUGGAGCUUUGUGUGGGUGCGGGCGAGGGUCAUGUCGCUCCCAUUUAUAAUUUGUAUAUCGGGGAUAGGGAUGAGACGGCUCAGGGGAAGAGGGUGGUUAGUUGGCUGAGAGAGUUCUGUGUGUAGGUUGUUGGUGGGUUUUUUUGAU